AUGGAGGUCUACCGUGGUGCCAACCUCGAUCCAGAAAUGAUUGCAUGCUAUAAAGAAGCUAUCGGUACAUACAAGUGUUGGUAUGGAUUUUCUUCAACAAGCAAAAAUCGUCAAAAAGCGGAAAUUUUUGGAAACGCGUUGUUUAUCAUAGAUCUAACAAAGACUACGGCUGGUGGCUUUGAUAUCUCAUCAUAUUCAUGUUACCCAAACGAAGACGAAGUUCUACUUCCUGCUGGAACAGAGUUUAAAAUUAUUACCGUUGAAUCCGACACUGAAAACAAUACAUAUCGCAUUUAUUUAACUAUCAUAAAUGACAUGGAUAACGAAUAUUUCUCUAAUUUAUCCAAUAAACAUUUAUCGGUAGAAGACGCACGCGCAGUCGCUAAUGCAUUGAAGAUCAAUAAAACACUGAAUGAACUGGAUAUUUCGAAUAAUAAUAUAUUGAAUGAAUGUGCAACAUUCAUCGCUGAUGCAUUGAUGAUCAAUAAAACACUCGAUUGGUUGGAUAUUUCGAAUAAUAAUAUAUCGAAUGAAGGUGCAACAUCCAUCGCUGAUGCAUUGGUGAUCAAUAAAACACUCGAUUGGUUGGAUAUUUCGAAUAAUAAUAUAUCGAAUGAAGGUGCAACAUCCAUCGCUGAUGCAUUGAAGGUGAAUACAACACUGUGGAAGCUGUAUAUUUCGAAUAAUAAUAUAUCGAAUGAAGGUGCAACAUCCAUCGCUGAUGCAUUGAUGAUCAAUAAAACACUCGAUUGGCUGGAUAUUUCGAAUAAUAAUAUAUCGAAUGAAGGUGCAACAUCCAUCGCUGAUGCACUGAAGAUCAAUAAAAGACUCCAUUGGCUGGAUAUUUCGAAUAAUAAUAUAUCGAAUGAAGGUGCAACAUCCAUCGCUGAUGCAUUGAAGGUGAAUACAACACUGUGGAAGCUGUAUAUUUCGAAUAAUAAUAUAUCGAAUGGAGGUGCCACAUUCAGCGCUGACAAACGAAUGAUGUUUUGA